AAAAUCAAACAAUAUUUUUUCUCCUCUCAAAUGGGGUUUUCAAGGACAAAAAGUUCAUACUCUCUUAUUGCUCUUAGCUUUCUCACCAUUUCCUUUCUAUGUUUAGAAAAUGCCAAUGGUUGUUGCAAUGAAUACAAAGGUAAGUGGGUGUAUGACAGCUCCUAUCCUCUCUACGAUUCAUCAGCCUGUCCAUUCAUCCACAAGGAGUUUAAUUGCCUCAAGUAUGGCCGCCCUGAUCAUCUUUACCUUAAAUAUAGAUGGCAACCAAGCAAGUGUAAUUUGCCAAGGUUUGAUGGGACGCAUUUGUUGAGGAGAUUAAAGGGCAAGAAGAUAAUGUUUAUUGGGGACUCCAUAAGUAUAAACCAAUGGCAAUCUCUGUUAUGCAUGCUUCACGCUGCAGUGCCUGCUACAUCUGGUAUAAUCACACAAGACUUCCAUAAUCACUCUGUUUCCACUGUUACUUUCAAGCAUUAUAAGGUAUCCGUGAUGCUAUUUCGUUCGUUGUACUUAGUAGACGUUGAUAAGGAAACAAUUGGCAGAGUUCUGAAAUUGAAUUCUGUAAGGAAUGGAAAUCUAUGGAAAGAAAUUGAUGUUUUGAUAUUCAACACUUGGCAUUGGUGGCACCGUAGAGGACUAAAGCAACAAUGGGAUUAUGUGCAAUUUGAUGGAAAGAUUCGUAAGGACAUUGAUCGCACGGUUGCUUUUCGUACAGCAUUGAGAACAUGGGCUAAAUGGGUUGAUUCAGAUGUGGAUACCAAUAGAACUAAAGUUAUAUUUCAAGGAAUUUCCCCUUCUCACUACAAUGGCAUAGAUUGGAAUGAGUCAGGAGUAAGGAAUUGUUCAAAGCAAACAACACCAUCUAAGGGAUCGAGUUAUCCAACCGGUUUGCCUCUGGCAGAGUACGUAGUUAAAGAGGUCAUAAGGAACAUCAAGAAACCUGUUCAUUUGCUUGAUAUUACAAUGCUCUCUCAAUUAAGAAAAGAUGCACAUCCUAGUACUUACAAUGACUUCAACGGCAUGGAUUGCACCCACUGGUGCGUUGCCGGCCUCCCCGAUACAUGGAAUCUACUUCUGUAUGCAGCUCUCAUCAAAUAGCAGAGAAAUUUGGUUCAGGCACUAGCCACCCAACAUAUAUGUGGUCUCUUUAAAUUAUUUAUCUUACUCAAAAAAGAUCAUAAGAUUAUACAUUGAAAAUAUAAAUUGUUUUACUUCUGUGUGCAGCUCUCAAUUAUUUAUGGCAGUUUUCAUAUUUGUAAUUCCCAGUGCCAAACAUGAUGCACUUCAAAAUCAAUACUUAGGUUAUAAUGUGAAAUGCAACAGUUCAAUAGUGGAUCUGCAAAAACUGAAUAAAAGAAAGUGGAAGCCCCCAUACUCCAAUAGAGCAACUCAA